AUGCUACGUCAGAUCCUCUCCCCAUCCCCCGAAACUGGUGACGGUUCAUUCGCUGGUUAUUGCAGCUUGAUCCAGCCAGGAAUAUACAACAGUUACCCCAGCAUGCUGUCCCCAACGAUCCAACACAUCGUCCCGACGUCCUCCUCAUACCAUCCACACUCAGCCUCCCUCAUCUCCCUCGAGCAGCCGACCCUAGAUCACCUGGAGAUACACGUUGAGACACACCAGUGUCCAAACUGUGGCCUGGACUUUCGUAGUGUACCAAAGCUCAAUUAUCACAUAAGAAUGUGCCACCAGAUUAUUCCCAAACAAGAGCCCAAUCAGAUGAAAUACACGUGCACAUACUGUGGACGAGUAUUUCCCUGUCUCAGUCACCUGAGAAUGCACGAGGUGACCCACACAAAUCCCCAACAGAUGCAGCAGAACAACGUUCUCGUUAAUAAUGUCCAGAUGAUGCAGAAUGAGCAGAAUGAUCAGCCAUUCCGUUGUGACAAGUGUCAAGCGACAUUUCGAUACAGAACAUUGCUCGAUCGUCACAAGAAGAUGCACACUAAUAGUCAGGACAAGCCUUACGUAUGUCCACGGUGUCCAAUGAGAUUUGAAACGAGAACACUUUACAAUCAUCAUGCUAAAACCCACAAGCAGGUGAAUGCCACUGUUGGCUCUAUUAACUCGGUUCAGUCAUCUAUUACUGAUACACAGAUGGAUAAACCUCUUGAUCCACCUGUUUCCUAUCCCUGUGACUCCUGCACCAAGCAAUUCCUCACUAUUGAAUCUCUGACAAGUCACAAGGCUGUUCACAGGUCUAGGCCACUGGUUUGUGAUGUUUGUGGAAAGGGUUUCACACAUCGUAAGUACUACGUUGUACAUCAGCGUAUUCAUACGGGGGAGAGGCCCUAUUUGUGUGCAAUGUGUGGUAAAUCAUUCACUCAGGCAUCAACACUCACUGUACAUCGACGGUAUCACACGGGGGAACGACCUUAUACCUGCACACUGUGCGGAAAGGGAUUUGUUACUCGUACCAUUAUGCUCAAUCAUAUGAAGAAACAUUGAGGGGGUUGGGCUUUCGAUGUGAUAACGAAACUAGCGGAAAAUUUGGGCGUUGAGGGGUAA